AAGACAGAGACACAUAAAGGCAUCAUACGGAAAUAGUGAUAUGAGAACAAAAAGCAGCUGGAGGGCCAAGCAGCAAACAUGGAAAGUGAAUGAGAGUGUGGAGAAGCAUUGGGAUGACUGAUGUUUCUCCUUCCUGAUGCUAGAAGGCUUCAAGGUUGAAGACAGAGGGAACACUGACCUUUCAACUUGUAUGACCUCUUCCUCACCAUGAUGGACUAUGACCAGACUGUGAUCCUGAUGCAAGCUCAGAGUGGAUCUCCAGUGUAUCGUGUCCGUAGCGAUUAGUGAGUUCAAGAUGAAUGACAGCUGCAAAAACACGGGGGAGCUGAGGACGUAUCAGCACCAUAUGUAUGCGGUGGUGUACAGUGUCAUACUGGUUCCGGGCUUGCUGGGGAACAUCCUGGCGUUGUGGGUGUUCAGGGUUUACGUCCGGGAAACCAAGAAGGCUGUGGUGUUCAUGAUGAAUCUGGCCGUGGCUGACUUGUUACAGGUCCUGUCUCUGCCUCUGAGGAUCUACUACUACCUGAACAACAGCUGGCCAUUUGGUCACACCCUCUGCAUGAUCUGCUUCUAUCUGAAGUACGUCAACAUGUAUGCUUCCAUUUUCUUCCUGGUGUGCGUGAGCGUGCGUCGCUGUGAGCUCAUCAUGCGACCGCUGAGGUACAACACCUCCAGAAGAACGGCGGAUGUGGUCGUAUGCACCUUGGGAUGGCUCCUGGUUUGCCUGUGCUGUCUGGCCUUCCCUCUGCUGAGACACAUGGACCCUGACAAUAACAUCUUGACUUCAGAAGCGGGGGCCACCCUCCCUGGAGCUGACGAGGUGUGCUUCUCGGAGCUGCCCAUGCAAACGGUCAGCUCAUCGGCAGCCUGGGCUAUCUUGAUCAUCGCCGAGCUCUUAGGUUUCAUCAUCCCGUUUAGUCUGGUGUUAGCCUGCACCUGCCUAACCGCAGGGAGUCUUCGGAGGCCAAAAGCCGGGGCCAUUCCUGACCGUGGGGAGAAGCGCAGGGCUUUGAGGAUGACUCUUAGCUGCGCCGCUGUCUUCCUCGUGUGCUUUGCUCCUUAUCAUAUCACCAUGCCUCUGGAUUUCUUGGCCAAAGCCAAUACGUUGAGUAGCUGUGCCCUGAGGGUCCUGAUUCUGAGAUGUCAUCCCGUCACACUCUGCUUGGCCAGCCUCAACUGCUGCCUGGACCCCAUCAUGUAUUACUUCACUACCAAUGAAUUCUGGAAGCGAUUGAGCAAACCGGACAUAACGGUUUCGGAGAACGGGACUUCCAGCAGGCCUGUUUCUUGACAAAGUGGAGGACUUGAUGACUUGUUGAAGGACCGUUUUAGUGCACCAUUUUCUACUUCUGGUAACAUUGGAGUUUUGGAGGAGGAGGAGCCGAUUGCCUUUACCAGAAAAGCGAAGUUGUGUCAUUUAAAAGGUUUUCAAAUUGUAUUAAAAAAAUGUGGACAGCA